UGGCUGAAGCUCUGGAGCGCUUCAGGAGCCUGUGAAUGAACCCUCCUCCUCUUCCUCCUCCUCCUCUUCGCUGAGUCUCCUCCUCGGCGCUGACGGUACAGUGAUAUAAUGAUGAUGGGUGUCACAACCCGCAUUUGAACUUGCAGGCGAGCUACCCUGAGCCUUUCUGGGGAAGAACUCCGGGCAGGCGGGUGCAACAGCUACGAACACUAGGUGCUGUGGACAGGCGCUGGGACCGGGAUCUGCGGUCAGCCCCGCAUCCUCCCGCAUCCUCCAGCACCGUCCCGCACCCUCCGCACCCUUCCCCAGGCGAUCGUGCGUCCUAUGUGACCCACCCCGACAACCGCCGAGUCCAUUCGCGCAGCGCUGCAGCGAAAUUUUUUCCCCACACUCUGCAAUAAGCCGCCUUUCAAGGACAAGAUGUUGGUAAAUAUAAAAAGCAUCUUAUGGAUGUUCUCUACCUUAAUAGCAACCCAUGCAUUACAUAAAGUUGAUGUGGAAAAAAAUCUUCCCGUGAAGGGCUCCCUCUCUGGAAAAGUCAGCCUACCUUGUCAUUUUUCAACCAUGCCCACCUUACCACCUAGUUACAACACAACUAGUGAAUUUCUUCGAAUCAAAUGGUCUAAGAUUGAAGUGGACAAAAAUGGAAAGGAUUUAAAGGAGACUACUGUUCUAGUGGCCCAAAAUGGGAAUAUCAAGAUUGGCCAGGGCUACAAAGGGAGAGUGUCAGUGCCUACGCAUCCGGAAGACGUGGGUGAUGCCUCACUCACCAUGGUCAAGCUGCGUGCAAGUGAUGCGGGCCUCUACCGCUGUGAUGUCAUGUAUGGGAUUGAGGACACACAGGACACCGUGUUAUUGACAGUGGAUGGAGUUGUGUUUCACUAUAGGGCUGCGACCAGCAGGUACACUCUGAAUUUUGAAGCCGCAAAGAAGACUUGUUUGGAUAUUGGUGCAGUCAUAGCAAACCCAGAGCAGCUCAAUGCUGCCUAUGAAGAUGGAUUUGAGCAGUGUGAUGCAGGCUGGCUGUCUGACCAGACCGUUAGAUAUCCCAUUCGGACACCCCGUGAAGGCUGUUACGGAGAUAUGAUGGGGAAGGAAGGAGUCAGGACCUAUGGAUUUCGUUCUCCUCUUGAAACUUAUGAUGUGUAUUGUUAUGUGGGUCUUCUGGAUGGUGAUGUGUACCACAUCACUGCUCCCAAUAAAUUUACCUUUGAGGAAGCUAAAGAAGAGUGUGAGAACCAGGAUACCCGGCUGGCGACAGUGGGGGAGCUCCAUGCUGCUUGGAGGAACGGCUUUGACCAGUGCGAUUACGGUUGGCUGUCAGACGGCAGCGUGCGCCACCCCGUGACUGUGGCCAGGGUCCAGUGUGGAGGUGGUUUACUUGGGGUGAGAACCCUGUAUCGUUUUGAGAACCAGACAGGCUUCCCUCCCCCUGAUAGCAGAUUUGAUGCCUACUGCUUUAAACCUAAACAGAAUGUAUCAGAGGCUACAACCAUUGAAUUGAAUAUCCUCGCAGAAACUGCGUCACCCAGUUUAUCCAAGAAACCACAAAUAGUACCUGACAGAACUAUACCAAUCAUGCCUUUAAUCACUGAAUUACCUGUCAUUACAACAAAGUUCUCUCCUGUGGAAAAUAUAGCCCAGUUUGAACAGAAAAUUCUAGUUCAAUCUCAGACUGUCACAGACAGACUAGCCACAGAAUCACCUACACCUUCUGGAAGUACCAGGAAGCCAUGGGAUACGGAUUACCAGCCUUCUGCUUCAGGACCACUUGAGAAGCCAGACAUAUCUGAAAUUAAGGAAGAAGUGCCAAAAAGUACAACUAUUAUCUCCCAUCAUACUACCGAUUCAUGGGAUGAUAUCACGGAAGAUACACAAACACAAGAAUCCGUUACACAAAUUGAACAAAUAGAAGUGGGUCCCUUGGUAACAUCUGUGGAAAUCUCAAAGCACACUUCUUCCAAGGAAUUUUCUGUAUCUGAAAUACCAUUUUUAUCCAUGAGAAUGACCAUGGAAUCCAGAAUUGAAAAGAAAACAGUAAGCACCAUCUCUGAAUCAGCGACCACAAACCUCUAUGGAUUCACCUCGGGAAACGGUGAUGGUGAAGACAGAACACUUACAGUUAGACCUGGUCACAGCACGUUGGUCUUUAGCCAAAUACCUGAAAUUAUUACAGUGUCAAAGACUUCAGAAGACACUGCUCACACUCAAGUAGAGGAAUCAAAGUCAAUCUCAGCUUCCACAAUUAUUACAUCUGUUACUCUGCCUGAUAAUGAUGGCUCGUCCAUGGGCAACAGGGAAGAGAAACAAACUACUGGUAGGAUAACUGAGGAUUUUGUGGGUCAGCAUGUAUCCACCACACCUUUUCCACCACAGCUUCAGACAAAAGUAGAAUCGUUUCCAUUUUCUGGUGAUAAAAUGUUAACAGAGGAAAUACCAACAGUUAUUUAUGCCUUUCCACAAACAAAAAUGACACAAGGAAGAGAAAGAAUAGAAACACAAAGGCCAGAAAUGAGAACAGAUACUUAUACCAAUGAUGAAAUACAGGCAAAAAUCACCAAAGAUCCAUUUAUAGGGAAAACAGAGGAAGAAUUCUCUGGAAUGGAGAUCUCUACAGUAUCCUCAGAGCCGUCUGUGGAAAUAACCAAAUCUUCUGAGUCUUCAGCACUGACAACAACAAAGGCAAGUGUGCAGCCAACAGAAGAAAGGGAUAUAGAAGAAGAAUUUGGAACAACUCCAAUGGGGUUAGAAACUGAUGGUGAUCAGGAUACUACCAAGUAUGAUGAGGGCGUUACAACAGUGCAUUUGACUCACAGUACUUUAAAUGUAGAGGUGGUCACUGUAUCAAAAUGGUCAUGGGAUGAAGAUAAUACAACAUCAAAGCCUUUAGAGUCUACAGAACAUGAAGGCUCUCCAAAAUUGCCCCCUGUCUUGCUUACCACUGUAGGAGGGAAUGGAAAGGAUGAAGAAAUCCCAAGAUUCACUGACCAUGGUGAUGAAUUUACUCUCAUUCCAGAUAGUACUCAAAAACCAUUAGAGGAAAUUACUGAGGAAUAUAUAACAGACCAUGGAAAAUUCACAGUUAGACUUCAGCCAACUACAUCAAUUAGUAUUGCCGAAAGGUCAACUCUGAGAGAUUCUACAACUGAAGAAAGAGUUCCAUCUAUCUCAAGAACUGAAGGCAAAGUUGUUUAUGCAACCACAGAAGGAAGUACUUUGGAUGAAGAAGCAGAUGUGGACAUCUCUAAGCCAGUGUCUACUCUUCCCCGAUUUACACACACUUCAGAUGGGGAAGGACUGGCAUUUGUUAAUUUUAGUAGCACCCAGCAGCCUACUACUUAUGUAGACAUCUCCCAUACCAUUCCUCUUUCUGUAAUUCCCAAGAAAGAAUGGGAAGUUUUGGUACCUUUUGUUCCAUCAGAAGGUGAAGUGCUAGGUGAGCCCUCUCAAGACAUACAUGUCAUUGACGAGACUCACCUGGAAGCAACUAUUUCUCCUGAAACCUUAAGAACAACAACAGAAAUUGCACAGGGAACAACUCAGGAGGAAGUUCCUUGGAAAGAACAGACUGCAGAGCAACCAGUUCCAGCUCCCAGUUCUACAGCUGAAACAGCCAAAGAGGCAACAAUAUCAUUGGAUGAACAAGAGAGUGAGGGAUCAGCAUAUCCAAUCCCAGAAGAUAAAUCAGUGACAGGUUCUGAAAGAGCCCACAUUUUAGAAACGACUCCAGCUGGAGAAAUUGAGCACAGCAUGUCUUAUCCACCUGGUGCUAUAACUGAGCACAGAGAGAAAAUGGGUGAAAUGGUAACACGAACACCGAGUGUGGGGACAGAAGUAUCUUUAAGUCCAAGGCCUGAACAAAAAUAUGAAACAGAAAGUAGUAGUUCAAUGGAAUUUGAAUCACCUUUGAGUCCUUUCAGCACCCGUGUUACCCAGCUGAUGGAAGAAACCACUAUUGAGAAAAGAGAGAAAACAUCCCUAGAUUAUAUUGAUUUAGGCUCAGGAUUAUUUGAAAAGCCUACAGUUACAGAACACUCGGAAUUUUCGACAAUUAAAGCUACAGUUCCAAGUGAUAUUACUGCUAUGUUUAGUACAGUAGACAAAUCUCACAUAACGUCAACAUCUAUGCCCUCUUCAACAUCCACUGAAAAACCACGUCUCAUUGACAGGGAACCCGGUGAGGAAACAACCAGUGACAUGGUAAUCAUUGGAGAAUCAACAUCUCAUGUUCUUCCCACUACCCCUGAUGAAAUCGUAGCUAAGGAAACAGAAACUGAAAUUGAUAGAGAAUAUUUCACAACUUCAAGUACUUCUACCCAGCCAACAAGACCACCCACUGUGGAAGGCAAAGAGGCCUUCACACCUCAGGCAGUUUCCACUCCAGAACCCCCGCUGGGGACAAAAUUCCACUCUGACAUAAAUGUUUAUAUUAUUGAGGUCAGAGAAAACAAGACAGGUCGAAUGAGUGAUUUGAGUGUAAUUGGUCAUCCAAUAGAUUCAGAAUCUAAAGAAGAACCUUGUAGUGAAGAAACAGAACCAGAACACGAUCUAAUUGCUGAAAUUUUACCUGAGUUAAUUGAAAUGGCUAUAUACCCCAGUGAAGAAGAUGAAGAGGAAGAGGAAGACUGUGCAAAUGCUACUGAUGUAACAACCACCCCAUCAGUGCAGUACAUAAAUGGGAAGCACCUAGUCACCACUGUGCCCAAGGACCAAGAAGCUGCAGAAGCUAGGCGUGGCCAGUUUGAGAGUGUUGCACCUUCUCAAAAAAUCUCUCACAGCCAUCCGUUUGUAAUAGCUGAAACUGAAUUGACUCCUGCAGUGCAACCAGAUGAAUCUAAAGAAUCUAAAUCACUUGAAAUUACAUGGAAGCCUGAAACUUACCCUGAAACACCAGAGCGCUUUUCCAGUGGUGAGCAUGAUGUUUUCCCCACAGUCCAAUUCCAUGAGGUAGAAGCCACAGAGGGGGCAGACUCAGUCACAGAGAGAAGUCCUGAACUUGAUCAUCUGAUACAUAAAAAUGCUGAAGAGUCUUCAGGAAAUGAUGCCAUUGACCAAGAAUCUCAGAAAGUGGUCUUUUCAAAGGCUACAGAAGUAACACUUGGUGAGGAGGCAGAAAAAAUUACUUCUGUCACAUAUGCUCCAAGCAUAGUCCCAAGUUCUGUGUCAGCAUAUGUUUCAGAAGAAUCAGUUACCCUAACAGAAAAUCCACAGCCUGCUGAUGCAUUCUCCACCAUAGAAAGCUGGGUAGAAGUAACUCCUAGACAUGUUGGAGAGCUUUUAGGGACUCCUUCUUCAAUUCUAAUGCCAGAAGGCUCUGGGGAAGGAGAAGAGGAAAUUAAAAUGUUCACUGUGGUAGCUGAUUUAUCACAGAGAAAUACUACAAAUACAGAAGGUACUUUAGGUACUAGCAAGAUGAUCACGGAAAGCCUUUUUGAUGUUCCUGUAACUACCAUUUAUUCCGUUUCUGAACAGCCUUCUGCAGAAAUAGUGCCUACCAAAUUUCUAAGUGAAACAGACACAUCUGAAUGGGUUUUUAGUACAUCUCUUGAGGGAAAGAAAAAGAAAGAUGAGGAGGAAACUCCAGGUACAGCUUCUACAACUGAGAAACAUUCACCCACACAGAGAUCAGAUCAAUUAAUUUUACCCUCUGAAUUAGAAAGUUCAAAUGAAACUACAUUUAGUGAUUCAGUAUCUACUACUAGGAAAAGUACUACGUCCUUGACAACAUCCACACCGUCUGAAAGGGAAAUGACAAGUUUUACUCUCUUUACAGAAACAAAUGGUUUAGACAAUUCAGGAGCACAGGUCACUGAGCACAGCAGUAGUAGUCAACCUGAGGUUCAGAAAGGGCUGACCACUGUUCCAAGUAUUCCUGUCUCCCUCUUUGUAGAGCAGGGCUCUGGAGAUGCUGCUGCUGAUCCAGAAACCACCACUGUUUCUUCAUUUUCAUUAAAUUUAGAGUCUGAUAUUCAAACCAAAAAGGAAGCAGCUAGUACUUUGUCUUCCCACGUGGAAAAUACAUUCCCUUUUGAGCCAACAGGAUUUAUUUUGAGCACUGUAAUGGAUAGACAAGUGGCUGAAAUUAUAAGCCAAACAUCCAAGGAAAACUUGAUUUCAGAGGUGUCAGGAGAGCCAAGUCAUGGGGAAGAAAUAAGGGGCUUUCCUACAGAUUUUCCUUUGGAGGAAGAUUUCAGUGGUGAAUUUAGAGAAUACUUGACAGUAUCUCCUCCAAUAACAAAAGAAGAAACAAUUAUAAUGGAAGGCUCUGGAGAUACAGUGUUAAUGGAUACUAAAACCUCACCCUCUGCAGUACCUACUUCAGAUCAUGCUAAUCACGUGCCUCACCCAGAAGGACCUAAUAACACCACGGUCAGCACUUCAGCAUCCCCUUGGGAAGAGUUCACAGCCUUAGCUGAGGGCUCAGGAGAGCAACUGGUCUCAGUCAGCAGUUCUGUGGAUCAAGUGCUUCCCAGUGUCAUGGGAAAAGUUUCUGGUAUAGAUUUCCCAUUUACUGGCCAAGAGUUGGGAGAAAUGGGAGCUACCACUGCAGCUGAUAAAAGACUCACCAUUUCACCAACAGCAGAAGCUGAAGAUGUUGAAUCUCCAACAGAAAAGGGGGAAGUAAUAGUUGGUGGCACAAUUUCAGUAGACUUUCCCCAAACUUUGGAGCCAGCCAAAUUAUGGUCCAGUCAAGUCAACCUUGUAAGACAAGAAAUUGAAAACAAAACAGCAUCAGAAGAAAAGAUUAAAGAACAAACAUCCUUUGGAUCUCCUCAAAGCUCUGUUGCACCAGAACAAAUCAUUUUUGAUUCACAAACAUCUUCUGAAACUGAGCCCCCAACAACAGAUUCUGUACUAACAACAAAGAAAACUUAUAGUGAUGACAAUGAAAUGGAGGAGAAAGUCAUUCCCUUAGUACACAUGGCUACUUCAGAUCCAGGUACAAAGGGCUUGGAACCAUACACUGCUGUCCCUGAAGCUACUGAGAAAUCACACUUUUUCUUAGCUACUGCUUCAGUGACUGAAUCUGUACCAUCCGAAAGUAUAGUUAUGGAUUCAUCAGUCAAAAUGGAGGAAAGUAUAAAACCCUUUCCCAAAGAUGUGAGACCGACCAUUAAAGAGUCAGAUACUGAUCUCUUAUUCUCUGGACUGGGAUCAGGAGAAGAAGUUUUACCUACCGUAGCUAUAGUAUCAGUGAAUUUUACUGAAAUGGAACAAAUCAUUAGCACAUUACAUCCCCAGACCUCUCAAGUGGAAAAUUUAGGAACAAGGGUCUCAAGUGUUGUAACUGAAGACUAUGAGGGAAUGGAAAAUGUAACAAAUGAAGUUAAGCCACUUAUUUCCAAAACCGAUAGUACCUCUGAAAGCAGUCCAGCAACAUCCAGCUCGACCUUAACGGGAAUUUUCAGCGAUACCAGAGCAGGAGGACCCACUGCGGCACCCCUCUCCCUCCCCACAGACACUGAACAUCCUCAAAAGCAGACUGUCAGCUGGGCAGAAGAACUCCAGACCAGUAAAGCACAAACUCUGACUGAACAAGUUUCCAACGAGACUUCUUCAACAGCAGAAACUAAAGAAACGGCAACCUCUUCUGGUUUUCUGGCUAGAACUUACAGCCUCGAAAUGGCCAAAGGAUUUGUUACAUCAGCACCAAAACCAUCUGAAUUGUUUUAUGAACAUUCUGGAGAGGGAUCUGGGGAAUUAGGUACUGUUGAUUUAGUCCACACUUCUGGAACUACUCAGGCAACCAGGCAAGGAAGCACCACAUUUGUUUCGAAUAGAUUCCUGGAAGAACACCCUGAGGUUUCUAGUGCUAAAGCUGUUACUGAUGAUGGAUUCCCAACUGUUUCAGUAGUGCCUUCUCCUCAUUCAGAGCGGAAUGAAAGCUCCCCUGAUCCAACUAGCACACCAUCAAAUACAAUGCUCUAUGAGAGGUCCGCAGAGAGUGCUACAAGUAGUUUCCCAGACAGUUUCAGAGGAUUCGAGGAUUCCACCUUAAAGCCUGACAGGAGAAAAGCCACAGAAAAUAUUAUUAUAGACCUGGACAAAGAGGACAAGGAUUUAAUAUUGACAAUUACAGAGAGUACUAUCCUGGAAAUUCUACCUGAGCUGACAUCAGAUAAAAAUACUAUCAUAGAUAUUGAUCACACUAAACCUGUAUAUGAAGACAUCCUUGGAAUGCAAACAGACACAGAUCCAGAGCUACCAGCAGGACCACAUGGCAAUAAUGAAGAAAGCUCUCAAGUUCAAGAGGAAUAUGGUGCAGCGGUUAACCAUUCUUUAAUCAAAGAAAAACUGGAGGGUUCUGGUGACACUCUUCUGGCUAGCUAUACUCAGGCAACACAUAACGAAUCAACGGCUCCUGAAGACAGGAGCCAAUUAGAUCACAUGGGUUUUAUCUUCACAACAGAGAUCCCUGUCCUUAGCACAGCAACAGAAUUAGAGACUUUACUUCCCACAGCAGCAUCCCUGCCCAUUCCUAGCCAAUCUGCCACUAUAAAUCCAGAGAUUGAAGAGCCCAAAAUUGAAACUAAAACCCUGGAUGACAUUUUUGAAUCAAGCACUUUGUCUGAUGGUCAAGCUAUCGCAGACCAAAGUGAAAUAAUAUCAACAUUGGGCCAGUUGGAAAGAACACAGAAGGAGUAUGAAGAAAAGAAAUAUGUAGGCCCUUCAUUUCAGCCAGAAUUCUCUUCAGGAGCUGGGGAGACACUGAUAGAUCAUACGCCGGAUGUAAGUAUUGGUACUAUCCAUCUUAUGGCUCACAGUUUAACAGAGGCACCUACAGUGGUGGAAGCAUCCAACCCCCCAGGUUAUACUGAUACAACGUUAGCAGCUUCAGCAUUUGCAAAGUUAUCCUCUCAGACACCGUCAUCUCCAGUCACUAUCUACUCAGGCAGCGGAGCCUCUGAACACACAGAGGAUCUCGAGACAAGUGCUUUGCCAGGUACGGGUGUGGAAACAUCUCAAAUGUCUUCAGGAGAUUCUGCCAAGGAAGCUUAUGCAAAUAUUGAAGCCACUUUCAAACCAUCACUUGAAAAAUACUUUCACGCAACUGAGCCUCCAUCCUCAUCUCCCAACACAGAAUUAGAACUUUCAGAAGUUGAAAGUAAACCUGAGUCAUUAGAGGAAAGGGAAGCUUCUCCCACAGAACUAAUUGCUGAGGAAAGGUUUGAGGUUCACCAAGACUCCAAAAACAAAACCAGUGUUCAGCUUUCUGGAGAAACAGUCAAGGAGUUUCUCAGUAUUAGAACGCCUGAAACUGGAACUGUUGUCACAGCUGCAGGUGAAAUUAAAUUAGAAAGUGCUUCACAGUGGCCACAUUCCACUUCUGCUCCUGCGACUGAGGGGAUCGAGACAGGUGUGGUACCUCAGCCCAGCCCACAAACUUCUGAGAAGCCCACCGUUCCUUCUUCUCUGGAAAUAAACCCUGAAACACAAGCAGCUUUGAGCAGAGGGGAGUAUUCCACAGUAACAGCAUCAGAACAGCAAGUUUCAGCCAGAAUUCUUGACUCUAAUAAUCAGGCAACAGUAAGCACUGCGGAGUUAAAUACUGAGCUAGCCACACCAUCAUUUUCCCUUUUGGAAACUUCUAAUGAAAGUGAUUUCCUGAUUGGCAUUAAUGAAGAGUCAGUGGAAGGCACAGCAGUCUAUUUACCAGGAUCUGAUCGUUGCAAAACGAACCCAUGCCUUAAUGGAGGCACCUGCUAUCCUACUGACACUGCCUAUGUGUGCACCUGUGUGCCAGGAUACAGUGGAGACCAGUGUGAACUUGAUUUUGAUGAGUGCCAUUCAAACCCCUGUCGGAACGGAGCCACGUGCGUUGACGGUUUUAAUACCUUUACAUGUCUCUGCCUUCCAAGCUAUGUUGGUGCACUUUGUGAACAAGACACUGAGACAUGUGACUAUGGCUGGCACAAGUUCCAAGGGCAGUGCUACAAAUACUUUGCUCAUCGACGCACGUGGGAUGCUGCGGAACGGGAAUGCCGUCUUCAGGGUGCUCAUCUCACAAGUAUCCUGUCUCACGAAGAACAAAUGUUUGUGAAUCGUGUGGGCCAUGAUUAUCAGUGGAUAGGCCUCAACGACAAGAUGUUUGAGCAUGACUUCCGCUGGACUGAUGGCAGCACACUGCAAUAUGAGAACUGGAGGCCCAACCAGCCAGACAGCUUCUUUUCCUCUGGUGAAGAUUGUGUUGUAAUCAUCUGGCAUGAGAAUGGCCAGUGGAAUGAUGUCCCCUGCAAUUAUCAUCUUACCUAUACCUGCAAGAAAGGAACAGUUGCUUGCGGACAGCCCCCUGUUGUAGAAAAUGCCAAGACCUUUGGAAAGAUGAAACCUCGUUAUGAAAUCAACUCCCUGAUUAGAUAUCACUGCAAAGAUGGUUUCAUUCAGCGCCACCUUCCGACCAUCCGGUGCCUAGGAAAUGGAAGAUGGGCUAUACCUAAAAUUACCUGCAUGAACCCAUCUGCAUACCAAAGGACUUAUGCUAAGAAAUACUUUAAAAAUUCCUCAUCAGCAAAGGACAAUUCAGUAAAUUCAUCCAAACAUGAUCAUCGUUGGAUUCGGAGGUGGCAGGAGUCGAGGCGCUGAUCCCUAAAAUGGCGAACACGUGUUUUCAUCAUUUCAGCCAAAGUCCUAACUUCCUGUGCCUUUCCUAUCACCUCGAGAAGUAUUAUCAGUUGUUUGGAGUUCUUGGACCACCAUUCAGUCGUUUUGGGGUUGCCGUGCUCCCCAAACAUUUUAAAUGAACGUAUUGGCAUUCAGCAAGAAAGCAAACAAAAAGAAAGAAAAUAAGGGCAGAAAAUAACCAUUUCCAGCCUAUCUAAUUUCUUUAGUUUUCUAUUUGCCUCCGGUGCAGACCAUUUUAUAAUGUAUACCAGCCUACUGUACUAUUUAAAAAGCUCAAUUUCAGCACCAAUGGCAAUGUAAAUAAGAUGAUUUAAUGUUGAUUUUAAUCCUGUAUAUAAAAUAAGAAGUCACACUGAGGUCAGGCAUAUUUAAUGAUGAUUACGGAGCCUUAGAGGUUUUUAAUCAUUGGUUCGGCUGCUUUUAUGUAGUUUGUUUAGGCUGGAAAUCGUUUCACUUGCCCUUUAUAUUUCAGCAACACUGAGGAUGGCUUUUCCCGGACAACUAACAAACACGCAGUCUUGUAGGUCACUGCACCCAUCUCAGCCAAAGGUGCAGUUUGCUUCCCUGCAAUAUGGCUAAUGGGCUCCUGAUGGAACUAGGGACUGCAAUAUGGAAGUCUUCUUUGCUGCAUUCCUUUUUCUUCCCUUCCAAGAAAGGCCUGAAUGGAGGACUUUUCUAUGGCCAAGAGCAUUUUUUAGGGGUCAAAGUGCUAAUUAUUAACUCAGCCAGGUCGACUUUUUAAUGGCUUUCACAACACUAACUUGCAAUGUUACAAAUCAAUGCAUUUCAAUUGAUUAUAGACCUAGGGCUCUGGAGGGUGGGGGGAUUGUUAAAACAACACAUGCAAAGAAAUUUUGUAUAUAUAACCAUUUUAAUCUUUUCUAAAGUUUUGAAUGUUUAUGUAUGAAUGCUGCAGCUGUGAAGCAUACAUAAAUAAAUGAAGUAAGCCAUACUGAUUUAAUUUAUUGGAUGUUAUUUUCUCCAAGACCUGAAAAUUGACAUAGUAUGCUAGUUAUUUUUCAGCGUUAGCCUUUAUACUUCCCUCACACAGUUUGGAACCGUAUAAUAUAGGUACCUUGUCCCUGAUUGAAUAAUGUGAUGGAUAGAAUGCAUCAAGUGUUUAUUAUGAAAACAGUGGAAAAGUGUAUAGCUUUCAGCAAAUGGUGUUUGCCCAUUCUAAGCAAGGAACAUAUAUCUAGCGAUAGUAUUGGCAUUUCUUUCCAUUAGGUGGAGUGUGUAUUGAACUUUCUCCCUAUUUCUUCCCGCUCCAUUUCUUCCCUUUAUUUGAGCAAAGUAACUGCUGAAGAUGACUUUGAAUCGUUAUCCAGUUAAUUUAACGUUUAAAGAAAAAUCUGUAA